AUGGCCCAAGGGCCAAGGCGCAAGGCCCAGGGCCAACCGCCCAGACCGCCAUCCGGACAAGGAGAGAAGCCGCGAUACUACUACUACUUCUACUACGAGUACGACUACUACUACCACUACUUCUACUACUACUACUUCUUCUACUCCUACUUCUACUACUUCCCCUACUUCUACUACUGUCACUACUCCUACUAUCAUAUCCUCUCUCUCUCCGACAACGACGACAACGACCACAACGACCAACAAUCCACGACAACCACCACCACAACCACCACCACCACCACCACCACAGCUUCUGCAGCUUCCACCAUCAUUCGCAUUACCACGACUAAUCGCAGUACCCUCGUCUGCCACCCAACCCCCCUCGCCGAAGAUGCAAUGACCUUUCCCAACUAUGCCGCCAGCUUCGUGUCUCCUGUCGCUAUUCCGGGCUCGUCGCCCGAACUAUCGGGCCCCAAGUCCUCCAAGUCCUCCAAGUCUUCCAAAUCCUCCAAAUCGUCCUCCUUCCACUCCUCCUACCAAUCCGAUAACAGCAUCCUGUCCGACGUGGGCAACUUCGAAGAGAUAGGCCUGGACGACGAGUCCAGGUCCGAGGCGGGGAUAGGCACCUUCGAAGUCAAGACGACGAGCAAUCCCUACGAUGCCUCCCUCCCAUCCGAUCGGCGGAAGCCUUCGAAUGCGAGUGCGACAAGACGGAGCCCGAUGCCUGCGACAACCGGAACCCGAGCCCAGCGCGAGCUGACGGCCGGGAAGACACACCCGCACUUCCCGAGCCUGCGUGGCCAGGUCCACAGCGCGACCGUCGGCCUGGGCUUGCUGCCGAUGCAGAACGGGGCGCGCAUGGGGCUGCCGAGUCCCAGCGUGGGGCCCCUGCCGAUGAUGAAGCGGAAUCGCAGCUCGAGCCCGGGUAUGGCGCGGAUCCCGAGCCUGAGUCUGUCCAUGAAGCACCGCCGGGCCAGCUCUCAGGCGAAUCGCGAGAGGAAGACGGCGGAGCAGUUGGAGAUGGAAUGUGACGAGGAUGAUGGGGACGACGUGCCCGAUGAAUGCUUUCUGGAGAAUGUGCCCAUGUCGCCGCGGCCGAAGUUGGAGAGGAUCAAGAGUACGCCGCCGUCGGCUGCCACGAGUCCGGAGAGGUCGCCCAGGUCUGGUGGGAAGGAGAGGGUCAAGAGUGUUGGCAAUGGCACAUCGCCGAGGCCGGCGGAGCAAGGGGAACUGAGGUCCCCGAAACGGCAGGCUCAUCCGGGAGCGAGUAUGGGGCAGUUUCCUUUCCAUCAUCACUCUUUUCCCAACGGCCGAGCCAAGAGCUGGAACGACGCCUUGUCGGAAUUGAGCGCAGAAGCAAAAGCCCUGACGGAAGCGUUGGAAGCCCACGCGGCAAACGAGGAGAAGAAACCCAGACCGAAUGACCCCAUGGCGAGGAGGAGCUUCAAUACCAAGAGUCGACCCGCGGCGGAGAAGCCGAGGAUCAAGUCGGCUCUGGCAGAACUGCCACCCCUCCGCCGGACGGAUAUAAUGAUUGAUCCCUUGCCGAUAUCCAAAGAGAAGGAGGCCGUUCUGUCACGGACUCGUCCGUCGUGGCUCCCACCGAAGUGUCCCGCAGAGGAGAAGCGCCAUCUGAAAGAAUAUCAGAAGAUGAUGGCUUCCGCCAUGCGAGCCGAGCAGGAGAGAGCGGCCCAAGAGAAGAAUAAGAUUACGUGUCGGGAUGAUACAGCUAGCUCCCUCCUCCGCAUAUGGGAAGAACACGUCCUCCCCAACUGGGACGACGUCACGCGGCAGAAACGCACUCGCGAGCUCUGGUGGCGCGGGAUUGCGCCCCGCAGUCGUGGCACGGUCUGGGAGAAGGCUAUCGGUAACCAGCUCAGUCUCUCGGCCUCGUCGUACACAGCUGCGCUGCGUCGCGCGCAUGCAUUGGAGACCACGAUCCAGAGUGGGAGUCAGCUGAGUCCUGAUGAGGAGAAGAAGAAGAUGUGGCUGAAGGCGAUCCAGAAGGAUGUCAAGGGCACGUAUCCCGAGCUGAGGAUCUUCCAAGCGGGUGGCCCGUUGCAUGGGGCGCUGCUGGAUGUGCUGAAGGCGUAUGCCAUGUACCGGAGUGAUAUUGGCUACGUCCCCGGGACAUCGACGAUAGCAGCCCUCCUCCUCCUGAAUCUCCCGACCCCUGCCGCCUCCUUCUCGGCCCUCUCUAAUCUCUUAAACCGGCCCAUCCCCCUCUCCUUCCACACGGGCGACUCCGGCGCCAUCACACGGACCUAUGCCCUUCUAUCCUCAACACUCAAGCUCAAGUCCCCUCGACUCGCUCAACACCUCGCCUCGCUUGCCUCGCCUUCCCCCGCGCAAGAACCUACGCACCCCCCGGGCCAAGAAGGCGACGCCUACCUGAACCAGAUCUUCACGUCCCUGUUCACAGAAUCGCUGAGUUUGGACAACGCGACGCGCUUGUGGGACGUGAUGGUUUUCGAGGGGGACGCGAUAUUAGUGCGCGCCGCGGUGGCGUUUCUGACCGCGCUGGAGGGGACGCUGUUUGGAUGUGAAAGUUUGGAGCAGGUCGAGCGGGUUGUGAGGUCGGGGCUUGGGGAACUGGGGGAGGAGGAAUGGAUGAAUGCUGUCAGAAGCGCGGGAAAGGCGUAG